AUGGGGGAGGGACUUUGAGUAUGUACGUGCCUAUGUGUAAGAACAGCAAUGGGGAAGAUAAAGAGUGGUGAAGGAGUUAGGCUAAUGCUGGAAAUUGCUAGGCGGAGGGGAUGUGAGAGAUGGAUAUGUCAAGAGGAGAGAAAGAAGGAUACUCCUUGGAACCAAAAAGGACAAAUGUGGGAGAUGGGAGCAUCCAGGAAUGACAUGGGUAGAAGGCACAUUUCAGAUAUUCUCAGUAUCUGUCCUGCCUACUCCUUCCCCAAUUCUAUUUUUGAAGCCAAGACCUAACAGAUCCAGCCUCAGACACAAGGGGCUUCCGGGUAACUCAUCCAUGUGUUUUACUUUCUGUUUUCUUUCUUUCUAUGUUUUCUUCUCCCAAAGAAAGCUGUUCCUUGCUCAACAAUGUAGAAGAAAAUGUUGACCUGCAGAUACGAGUUGAAUUGGCCUGCAAACCAGGAGUGGAUUAUGUGUACAAAGCCAAGCUGGUUCGAAGUGAAGAGGAAAAUGGUUAUGACAACUACUUCAUGAAAGUUCUGGAAGUUAUUAAAGAAGGUAACAAUGUCCAUCUUAUAGGAAAUGGCACACUAGAUAAAGAGCAGGAAGAUUUGCUCUGAACCCUUACAUUUGUUGUUGUUAUUCUUUCUCAAGUCAACUUACGAAUGGAAAACCUCCAAGAGCCCUGGUCAUCAACUGUCUAGUUCAGUUCUUACAAGCUCAGGGCUGUGGCUUCCUUAACUAAGGGGAGGUGGAGGAGAUAGAUAGAAAUGUUCUUGCCCUAUAGUUGUUGCUCAUGAUUUUUUUUAAAAACAACAAGAACAACCAGAUGAUGUUUUCCCUUCCAUGGAAUAUUUACAGCAAUUUCAAGAAGAAGAAAAAAAAACAUAAUUAUUUUUUUCUUCCCUAAAGGCUGGGUUCUUUUUAUUUCAGCAUAGAUUGCAGCAAAACCUCCUUAAAAAAAUAAUCCAGGAGGUGCCGUUAGCUAGGGCUUUUUGGGGUUUUUUUGUCUGACAUUGAUGGUUGGGGAAGCAGAGGACAUUUAUGCUAUAAUAAUAAGAUUUCUGAAACACUGUAUCUUCAAAAAGAAGGCAUGCCCAUCUAGUUCCCCAGAACCAAUAUUAAUGCAUAUAUUAAUAUAAUAGUCCUUGAUACUACACAUAGGACAAAUGGAAUAUUCUCAGGCAGAGUUUAGACCCCAGGGAAAAUGACUUUUGGUUAGCAGAUUUAUUGCAUUCAUACACUGACACUAACUGACCACUGUAAAGAUCUUAAAAACUUGUAUCACCUUAUGCAGCCCUUUGAAAAUUUAGGACUAUGUUCAUGAUUUGCAUCUUUCUGGAUCCUAUUACAUUCCACCCCAUUCCUUUAUACCAACAGAUAUAAAGUAAAUGUUACACUUGAGCAUUUAUUAUCAUUCCGUAUUGCAUCUGAAGAAGUGGGUUCAUAUCUGUGAAAAU